CGUAUUGUGCAACCCUGGUUGCGUCAGCCCCUCACAAAAAGCAGCCGAGCACUGCAAUAUUCUGACCUGUCGCGAUGCUUGCGUGUGUGCGUGCCCAGUGUUGAGAAUUUAUUUUACGCCCUUCCUGAAUUUACGGUAGGCAUCGGUGCUCAGGUCCUCCUGCAGCUGCUUCGCAGGCAGCCAGAGCUAGACAGCGGCUUCCUGCUGCAUUGAGGUCAGGUGGUCUGGCAUUCCUGACAAAGGCUAUUUCAGAGCCGCUAAGCCUCUGGAGGGAUCUGCACAGGCCUCUGAACGGCUCUGGAGGGCUCUAAAGGGCUCUGGAGGGGUCUGAGGGCUCUGGAGGGCUCUGGAGGUUGGCAACGCGCAUGCUUGGCGGGCCAGUACCCAGUUUGCCCACUAUCCAGUUGCAAAGGCCGUGGCAACCCACGCCAUGCUGAAAGCCAGCCGAGGCCCGAGGUUCAGCCGCACUCAGAAAGUGCUUAACGGCGGCUCCUGGGCUGUCAACCCGCCCGCCGGCGCCGCGCCCAGCGGCCAGCAGCAUCGCGUUCUUGAGGAUGGCGCAGUAGGCGCAGGCGGUGCGAAACAGCUGUCAGGACCCAACGUGUGCAGCUUGCACUUUCGUGUGCCUGACGGCCACUGCAGCAUACCCCAUCUCGUUCCGUGAGCCACUUGAUGCUCGCAGUGUGACGCCGCGAUGCACACAUUGCGUCACAUGCUGGGGGGAAGUGGCCGUCAGGCACAGCCCUGUGCAUGGUGUUAUGGGUGCGUGUCGUACGGGCGGUCGUGAGGAUAAAGGGUGAGAGCAGCUUGAACCCACUGUCUCUCAGCCUGAUCCUAGGCGCAUACUGAAACAGUUGCCCCUUGGCAACUGCAGUGUUGCAGUUAGUGUUGCAGUUAGUUGAGAAAUACACCCCAACAGACGCAUCCGCUAUCCCUAGACACAAACCUGACCAACUGCCAACACGUGAAAGUGGGUUCGUGCUGACUCACGCCAGACACUACCCCAUUCGACACUCCCAACCGCCAAGAGAGCCCGCAUAGGUGUCGUGACCUGGCGUGUGACCGUGCAUAUCGUGUGACUGAGUGGUUUGGGUGUGGUUUUGGCGUGUGGGAAGAGGGGAACGUGCCCGAGGUUGGUUGGCCCGACACGGUGUAUUGCAUGGGAGGCCGGAGUACGGGUGAUCCGAGAGAGGAUAUAGGUCGCGUCUGAGAGCAGCUAGAGCUGUCUCUCAUUCCGAUGUUUGCAGAUCUGUUAUCUCGGCCUCUGCAAGUGGCCGUGUUGGCCACGGCGUAGGCGGCCUGGAGCGCAUGCGUAGCGAGCGAGAGGGU